UGCCAGGUCUUCUGACUAAGCUCGCUUUGUAGCUGUCUCCCUGGUGAGGGGCGCUGUUCAAUGCAUAGAGCACGUAAGGAAGUGGAAGCAGCAGCACGUGGAAGGAGCCUCGAGCCCUAGGAGCUGGAGUGAAGGAUGCAUGAUGGUGUGUGCAAAUGCUAGCACAAAGCAAGCCAGGCCAGCCGGUGACUGUGGCCCUCCUGUGCUCCUCGUCCCUGCCCUGCUGGUGGAGAUGGAAGGACAGCCAGAUACGGAAUUGAAAAAGCACACCGAUCAGAAGGACUGUGAAAAGGAACCUGCUGGCAUGAGGAGUGAUGACGAGUGGAGGGGCUGGCAAAAAGGACAGGCUAAGAGGAACACGCUGUACCUCGUGUCCGCAGCCACUCAGUGGAUAUUACUGCUUGCCUGCUUGAUUUACCUUGGUACAGAUUCUCUGCAACUCUGGACGCCUCACAGUGACAAAGUCAAGUGGACCUACAUCCGGUACACAGGCCAAAGCAUCGCAGGAGUGGCCAUGAAUCUCAGUGCUGAAUUUACCUCCAUUCCUGUCAUAAAUGGCUCCAUCAUGAUCCCCUGCGAUGGCCUCUACGUGGUGUCCCUGAAGGGUGUCCUUUCUCCUGACCUGGAGAAGAGCUCGCUGAAGCUGAUGAUGAAGAAUACAGAAAGCAAGAAUGCCGCGCCCCUCUGGGAGCGGGAUGUCCAGAACAGCAGCAAUGCAGUAGAUCUCAUCACGAUGCUCUACUUGUUUGCUCAAAAUAACAUCAUCCUGUCGACCAGCUCGAACGCCACAAUCCAGUGUUUGACAUUUAGCCUUGUUCUACUAAAUCCCGUCUUUUGCAACCCAUAGAAGAUGACAUAUGAAAUGUAACACAUAAAGUACAGCUUUUCCUACUGAUCCAUUUGAAUGUAGGAGGCUUGUUCCCCAGGCUGUACUUGUACAGGCAGACUCCCUCCUUGGGGCUGUGGAAAGCCUCAGCUGGAGUGCAGAUAAAUCACAAUGCAAACAGGCUUUAUAUAGUGUAUGCAUCUCUUUGGAGCUCUACGCAGCUAGGAUGGAUCCUUCUAAGACUCGACAAAGGGGUGUGUGAAGCCAUUGAGGAUAACAGAGAUGAAAACCAGAGAAAUUUAUCCAAGCUUCAUUCAUAUUCAGAGAAACCCUAGGUGUCUCUAGUCACUUGGCAGUAUCUGUAUAUAAUACAAGUGUGCUGUAUAUUUGCUAAAAUAAAGUGCUAAAUCAGGAAGAUACACCAGGAAGAUACUGCCUUUGCAGAGAACUGGGUAUGCUCUCUGUCAGGUAAAGGCCAUAAAGGGAAGGUGGGCUUCCAAAAGGAGCUAACAGGACUACGCUGGACUGCAGUAACACAUGUCCUGCAGCUACCUCGGGAUCUGUAGGAGCAGCUGUGAGGGAGGAGGCUAGCAGGCUAUCCCAGCUGUCAGCAGAAUAUUGAUCCUGAGUCAUGUGUCAGGUAGGAUGUUUACAUCUUGACGCCAGGUCUCAGAGGUGUUAAGCUGAAGGAGAAUCUCCCUCAAGAACACACACAGAGAAUGGCUCAACCCAAAAGCGAUCCAGGCACGUGAAAUUUGGGAAGGAGCAUGAAGGCCCUUCACUUGGUAACUUCUCUCUGAUGGACCAAAUGGAACCUGAAGAUCUGCACAACUCCUCAGGGAGGACCGGAUAGGUCCGAAGAGCCUUGCUAUGAAGGCAUGCACCACAAAGAGGUUCACAACCCAACUUCCAUGACACACCUGUGCACCCAUAUGUACCCUGCCUGGCUUCUGCCAGAAUCCAGAGACAGACCAUUCCUGGGCACUGUGGGCCAGGAGCCCAUGUUACAGUCAGCAGCUACUGAGGACAACACAGUCUGUGCCCUGAGCACAGCUGGCAGCUGUGGCAUUUCUGGUUGAACUAGGGCAGGUUUUAAGGACAAGUUGACCAUCUGGCUUCCAGUGAACCCCAGCAACAUUUCAGCAUCUCCUUGCUGACUGUACGCUCCAAAGUCUAUUAUUAAAGGUAUUUAUAUAUUUA